AUGAACAGGCUUUGGAACAUCAGGCACCUGGACCCAUUGCCAGGCCCCCCGCAGUGGGUCCCCAUUCUGGGCCAGCUGCAGAAGACCCUCCAGAAGGGCGAGUACCUGCCCCUCUGCCCGCUGCCCAUGUUCGAGAGUAACUUUGUCCAGGUGACCAGCCGAGGGGCCCCCGUGUAUGUGCACCACAAAAGCAACCACCUGACCAUGGGUGUGGCCGCCUCCCUGCCCGGCCCGGUGCUGCCAGACCUCCUGCUCAUUGCUCGGCCCUCUGAGGCCAGGGACUGCUCCAACCUCGUCCUCACCAGGAUGAUCCCGCUGGACCUGGUCCACCUCUACGUCCACAACCUGUCUGCCUGGCGCCUGAAGCUUGGCUUGAUCACAGGCCGCUACUACUAUCUGGAGCUGAACGCCCCCGACAGCGAGGUAGCAUUUCUGUUUGACCGCUGGAUCCGGCUCAUCCACCUGCUCCAAGAGCCCGCCACCUUCUGGGCCCCCAGGACCUUGAAAACGCCCCUCUCGGACCUGGCCCAGAUGGCACCUCCUGCCUCCACCUGGACCCUCCAGGACCAGUCCCACUGCAGACGGUCAGCCAUGAUUUUUAAACCCAGCUUUUCUUACAAGAUGCUGACAUCUCAGAAACGGAGGAAGGCCAAGACCCCCAGGCGCAAACUCAGGUCCCAGGCUGUGGGUGACUCCGUGCCUCUCAUCUGGUCACAGCCAGAGCACCCUGGCACCAGGAAGAAAGCCACAGAGAAAAAGUCCCACCCAGAGCUCGGCCUUCAUGGCUCUCAGACCAAAAUCCAAGUUUCUGGGAAGCCCAGCAUCACCAUCCGGACCAUCUUCAGCAUCGUGUCCAGAACCGUCAACCACAGGCUGUCCUCUUCCAAGGGUCAUUCAGAACCUGAUGGAGCAGUGGUCCUUGGCCAUUUAGUGAAGACCCCUUCACAUUGUACCUCAGAGAACAGUCCCAAUAUUUCCUUGCUGGUCUCCUACGAUCACGUGGAUAUUCGACAGAACAUGCAAGACCUGUCGGACCUGGAUUCCAGCACCUUGUCCUCCAACUCCCUCAGCCAGGACUCCUACUGUCCCAGCUUCUACCUGCCUGCCCCCUACUCGUCUGCCCCCAGGGACAAGAUGGCCAGGCCUCCACCCUCCCAGAAAACCUCCUCUGUCCCUCCCAGCUCUUGGAAAGAUCCAUCCAUCCUUGAUCAGGCCCAGAAGGUCUCAGCUGUGCCUGCUUCAUCUCGGAAGUCCCCAGCUGGGCCUUCUGCCCCCCAGAAGACCCCAGUUCCAGCCCCUGUUCCCCAGAAAUCCCCAGCCAUACCUGGCUCAUCCAGGAAGACUUCAUGUGUGCUGGCUAUAACCCAGAAGGCCCCAGCCAUACCUUCCCUGUCUUGGAAGAACCCACUUGUAUCAGGGAUCCCCCCAAAAGCCAUGCCCUGUCCUGUUCCAAAACAGCAAUCUCUGUUCCCAUCUAGCCCAUCCCCGAAGGCUCUGACUCCACCCGCCCGAUACCAGAUGACACCGGACCCUGGUGAUUUUGGCUCGUCUCUGAGGGGAAAACGUGUUGAGAAUGUGCUCGAGAGAAGCCAGCCAGAAGGGAAGAUGGAGCCGUUGGUGCUGGUGGGCACCCAGGAGACACAGGUUGCAGAGAUGUGGGCCCAGAAAAUGUCCCUGGAGCUGCCCUUCCAUACCACCCAGAAGGAGACCAAGGGGCUCAUAAUCAGCAAAGCCCAAGAGAUCACCUGGGAUGGCUUGAAGGGCAAGGGCAAGGGCAAGGUGGAGGAUAAGGUCCAUGGGACAAUGGAGGGGAAAUCCCUGGACUUGCCUGGCUUCAAGCCCAGGCUGAGGGGGCAGCAGCAGACGUGGGCUAAGUCCCAGGAGCUGGCCGUGGAGGGAGCCCCACAGGAGCGCAGAAGGCCCUUCUCUGUGAAGGAGCUCACCUUUGCCAAGAUGGUGAUCCUGGCCAACUCUGAGAAGAUGCCCUUGAGACCAGAACUGGUUGGUUUGCCCUCCUGGCUCUUGAUCCCCCAGGUGUCUGCCAGGCCCAUGGUGGGCCCAGAGCCCCUCAUCCCUGGCCAGGCUACCGUGUUGGAGGGCACACCAGUGGUGGACAGGGAAGUGGAAAAGCUGCUCUCAGACCAGAGGCGGUCUUUCAAAGUGCCCCCCCGCUCUAAACGUGGCCCCAGCAGCCUGAAGACGGAGAGAGUAUCCCAGGCCCCCAUUCCUCUGCCUGCAAAGAGGUGGGAGGAAGUCCAGCCCCCCAUCUUGCUGAACUCCAUCCCAAAGAUGGAGGCUAGAGUAUCCCAAAAGCCCGACAGAGAAUCUCAGGAGACCGUGGGGAUGCCAGGCCCAUGUCCCCUGGCCACUACGGGGUCAUCCUUGGAAGUUCCUGUGCCCAAGCUCAUGGAAAUUGAGAAUAAGAGGGACUUGCUGAACAAGAUGGAGAAGACAAAGAAAAAACUGAGUAUCUUCACGCCUUGGCCCAGGUACUUAGGGAGAAAGGACCUCUGGGGUUAUCAGCAAGAAGGCUCCAGGCGCCAUGCCCCUCCACUGUAG